AUGAUUCGAAGUUAUAUCAGAAAUAUCAUACUUGCCAUUCUAUCACCAUUACUAACAACCCCACCUCCACUCAUUCUCCCUCCUCCAUAUGAGAAAAUAAUCCAGGAAAUCACCACAGUACUUUCGAUCAACAAUUACGACGACGGUUCCUUAGCGCCAAUUAUCCUUCGUCUUGCUUGGCAUUGUUGCGCUACAUAUGACAUGACUACCAACACUGGUGGGUCUAAUGGUGCCACAAUGAGAUUCGUUCCUGAAAUAACUGAUGAAGGGAACUAUGGAUUGGACAUAGCUCGUGCAGCAUUAGAACCAAUAAAACAACGGUACCCAGCAAUUUCGUACGCUGACUUGUGGACAUUAGCAGGAAAAGUUGCUAUAGAAUAUAUGGGCGGCCCGACAAUUAUCUGGAAAAGUGGUAGAGUUGAUUAUACAAACGAUAGAUGUACACCUUCCAAUGGGUUGUUGCCAUUUGCUGAUAAAGAUGCAAAUCAUAUACGGAAAACAUUUACAAGAUUAGGAUACAAUGACCAGCAAACAGUGGCUCUAAUAGGCGCUCAUGGUGUAGGUCGAUGUCAUAAACGGUUUAGUGGCUGGGAAGGUAAAUGGACCAGAACUCCCAAAACCUUCUCAAACCAAUUUUAUGUGGUAUUGCUUAAUGAAACAUGGAGUCAGGGUGAAGUCCCAGAAACUGGCAAGACACAAUACUUUAAUGCCGAUAAAUCGCUUAUAAUGCUAAACACCGACAUGGAGUUGAUAAGAGAUAAGUCGUACUUGCACUGGGUUGAAAUCUAUGCAAAGGACGAACCAAAGUUUUUUCACGACUUUUCCUCCGCUUUCGCAAAGCUAUUAGAGUUAGGGAUAAAACGGGAAACGUUAUAA